UCUCUCUACUAUUUUACUGCUCUUACCUCUCUAGGAUCGGCCCAGAAAUGUCGUCUAAGGAGCAGACCUCAGCGAAUCUUGCAGAGGGGGCUGUACCUGCCCCACUUACCAACUUAAAAAUUCAAUAUACUAAGAUAUUUAUAAACAAUGAAUGGCAUAAUUCAGUGAGUGGCAAGAAAUUCCCAGUCAUUAACCCUGCUACUGAAGAAAAAAUUUGUGAUGUGGAAGAAGGAGAUAAGGGGGAUGUGGACAAGGCCGUGAAAGCAGCAAGGGAGGCUUUUCAGUUUGGGUCCCCAUGGAGGACAAUGGAUGCUUCAGAGAGAGGACGGCUUCUGAACAAACUGGCUGAUUUAAUUGAAAGGGACCGUCUGAUCUUGGCAACAAUAGAAUCCAUAAAUGGUGGGAAACUCUUUUCCAGUGCCUAUCUGAUGGAUAUAAGUACCUCUCUGAAAAUUAUCCGUUACUAUGCAAGCUGGGCAGAUAAGAUUCAUGGCUGUACAAUACCAAUUGAUGGAAAGUUUUUCUCAUAUACAAGACAUGAGCCAAUCGGUGUUUGUGGCCAAAUCCUUCCUUGGAAUUUCCCUUUGGUUACACUAGCUGUUAAAAUUGGACCUGCCCUUUGCUGUGGAAACACUGUGGUUGUCAAGCCAGCAGAGCAGACCCCCCUCAGUGCUCUUUAUGUAGCAUCAUUAAUCAAAGAGGCAGGAAUUCCACCAGGAGUAGUGAACAUUGUGCCUGGUUAUGGACCCACAGCUGGAGCAGCCAUUUCUUCUCAUAUGGAUGUGGAUAAAGUGGCAUUCACAGGGUCCACAGAGGUUGGCCUGCUAAUCAAAGAGGCUGCUGGGAAAAGCAACCUGAAGAGGGUUUCACUGGAGCUGGGGGGAAAGAGUCCUUGCAUUGUAUUUGCUGAUGCUGACUUGGAUAGUGCUGUGGAAUUUGCACAUCAUGGCGUAUUCUUCCACCAGGGUCAGUGCUGCAUUGCAGCAUCAAGGCUUUUCGUGGAAGAGUCCAUUUAUGAUACGUUCGUUCAGAGGAGUGUAGAGCGUGCCAAGAAAUACACACUGGGGAAUCCUCUGGAUCCAGAAGUACAGCAAGGCCCCCAGAUCGAUAAGGAGCAAUACACAAAAAUACUCGAUCUCAUUGAGAGUGGAAAAAAAGAAGGAGCUAAAUUGGAAUGUGGAGGAGGACCAUCUGGAAAUAAAGGAUACUUCAUCCAGCCCACUGUGUUCUCCAAUGUUACUGAUGAAAUGCGGAUCGCCAAAGAAGAGAUUUUUGGACCAGUCCAACAAAUUAUGAAGUUUAAAACUAUUGAUGAAGUGAUCAAGAGGGCCAACAAUACUCACUAUGGCUUAGCAGCAGGCAUUUUUACCAAAGACCUUGAUAAAGCCUUGACAAUUUCCUCUGCCCUGCAAGCUGGAACUGUCUGGGUCAAUUGCUAUGGUUCUUUUUCUCCUCAAACACCUUUUGGGGGAUUUAAGAUGUCUGGAAAUGGGCGAGAAAUGGGAGAAUAUGGUCUUCAUGAAUACCUUGAAGUCAAGACUAUCACAGUCAAGAUUUCUGAGAAGAAUUCCUAAGAAUAUCCUAGGAGGUGAUCCUCUGUAUCUUCAGUGAUGGAGCAUCUCUUACCCUAAAUCAUAAAAGUUUUUAUAGCUGCCAUUUUAUGCUGCCAUUUUUUUACAUCAACAACAACGAAAAAAAAGUUGUAUCUAAACAUGCUCUGUGCCUUCUAACUAAAGUGAAUCUAUUCUACCUGAAAUCUGUGGAAUGGAAUUAGCCCAAAGUCUCUCAAGCAUUAGAAUUAUCACAGAUUUUUAUUAGAUGAUUCUUGCCAAGGUUAAGAAAUAAAACAUAAGAUCAUUUGUUGUUUUACUUUUUUAAUGGUUCAUAGUUAAUUGAAACUUAUUACACAUAUUAAUUCAUGAAAUAGAUAUACUUUGUUCACUGAUACUGUUAAGUCUUCUUUGUCUUUGGAAAUUAUUCUUCCCUUAGGGAAUGAUGACUAUGACUUGUUUCCAAAGAAGUAAUAACCACUCUGCUUAACUGUAAUAUCGAUAUCAGCUUCAUUAAAACAAUCUCAUAUAAGCCUGUGUAUAUGUUGUCAGUUAAUAAAAGUUCUUCAGUGUGAAUCUUUAAACUUCA